AGUGAGGCGGGCGUUGGGACGGAAAUAACAUUUACAAAUAGGAAGUGUGGCAGUCUACCCACCGAACUGCCGGCGGGAGCCAUGGAGGCCUACGAACAGGUCCAGAAAGGGCCCCUGAAGCUGAAAGGCGUCGCAGAGCUCGGCGUGAACAAGCGGAAGAAGAAAAAGAAGGACAAGGACAAGGCGAAACUUCUGGAAGCCAUGGGAACAAGCAAGAAGAACGAAGAGGAGAAGCGGCGCUGCCUGGACAAGCGGACGCCGGCCCAGGCGGCCUUCGAGAAGAUGCAGGAGAAGCGGCAAAUGGAGAGGAUCCUGAAAAAAGCAUCCAAAACCCACAAGCAGAGAGUGGAGGACUUCAACAGGCACCUGGACACCCUCACAGAGCAUUAUGAUAUCCCCAAAGUCAGCUGGACCAAGUAGCAUCCCGGCCCUGGCUGUGGAGGAGCAUCGAGGGACAGCAGAAGACAAAUCUCUCCCCCCAGUGAAUGCUUUCUGGACGCAUCUGACGGUGUUGCCUUGGCAGACGUUGCUGAUUGGCCGCAGCGCUCUCUCUAAUGGAAUCCGGGCACAGUCUCGCACACAGCCCUCAUCCCGGAGCUCCACGUGUGUAUUCAGAGGCGGCACGUCACAUGGAGCCUCUGGUUCCUGACCUUGGACCCUCUUGGGGGACCUACCAGGGCAGAGCCCAGCCCAGAGAGACAGGUGCAGAGGAGCAGCAGGGCCCAGGUCCGAAGGCUGAAGAGCUCGAGGCUCGGAGGGUCUGCGUGCACCACAGGAGGAUCAAAUGGCAGCAUGUAAACACAGAAUAAAGCAGAACCGCUAUUAAAACGGAA